AUGGAAGGAGACACAGGUACCAGUAUGGAGACUGGGAAGCCAGCCAGCAGAGGCACUCAAAUUGCCCUGGUUGUGUUCGUAGCUGGCACCUUGGUGCUGGGCACGCUCCUCUUUCUAGUGAGUCAAGGUCUCUUGAAUCUGCAAGCUAAACAAGAGUACUGCUUGACGCCAGAAUGUAUUGAAGCUGCUGCUGCCAUCUUAAGUAAAGUGAAUCUGUCUGUGGAUCCCUGUGAUAAUUUCUUCCGGUUCUCUUGUGAUGGUUGGAUAAACAGUAAUCCAAUUCCUGAAGACAUGCCAAGCUAUGGGGUUUAUCCUUGGCUGAGACAUAAUGUUGACCUCAAGUUGAAGGCACUUUUGGAGAAAUCAAUCAGUCGAAGACGGGACAUUGAAGCCAUACAAAAAGCCAAAAUCCUUUAUUCAUCCUGCAUGAAUGAGAAAGCAAUUGAGAAAGCAGAUGCCAAGCCCCUUCUGCAUAUUCUGCGGCAUUCGCCUUUCCGCUGGCCUGUGCUUGAAGCCAAUAUCGGCCCUGAAGGCGUUUGGUCAGAGAGGAAGUUCAGUCUUCUGCAGACACUUGCAACUUUUCGUGGUCAAUACAGCAAUUCUGUCUUCAUCCGUUUGUAUGUGUCCCCCGAUGACAAGGCAUCCAGUGAACACAUUUUGAAGCUGGACCAAGCAACCUUAUCCCUGGCUGUGAGAGAAGACUACCUUGAUAACAGCACAGAAGCCAAAUCUUAUCGGGAUGCCCUUUACAAGUUCAUGGUAGAUACUGCCGUGCUUUUAGGCGCUAAUAUCUCCCGAGCAGAACAUGACAUGAAAUCUGUGCUUAAAUUGGAAAUGAAAAUAGCUGAGAUAAUGAUUCCGCAUGAAAAUAGAACCAGUGAGGCCAUGUACAACAAAAUGAACAUUUCUGAACUGAGUGCUAUGAUACCUGAGUUUGACUGGCUGGGCUACAUCAAGAAGGUCAUCGAUACAAGACUCUAUCCCCACCUGAAGGACAUCAGCCCUGCAGAAGAUGUGGUUGUUAGAGUCCCACAGUAUUUUAAGGAUUUGUUUCGGAUCUUGGGCACUGAGAGGAAGAAGACCAUUGCCAACUAUUUGGUUUGGAGGAUGGUUUAUUCCAGAAUUCCAAACCUUAGCAGACGCUUUCAGUAUAGGUGGCUGGAAUUCUCUCGGGUAAUCCAGGGAACCACAACUUUGUUGCCUCAGUGGGACAAAUGUGUCAACUUUAUUGAAAGCGCCCUACCUUAUGUUGUUGGAAAAAUGUUUGUGGAUGUGCACUUCCAGGAAGAUAAAAAGGCCAUGAUGGAGGAGUUGAUUGAGGGAGUUCGUUGGGCAUUUAUUGACAUGCUGGAGAAAGAAAAUGAGUGGAUGGAUGCAGGGACCAAAAGGAGAGCCAAAGAAAAGGCAAAAGCUGUUCUGGCAAAAGUUGGCUAUCCUGAAUUUAUAAUGAAUGAUACUCAUGUUAAUGAAGACCUCAAGGCAAUCAAGUUUUCAGAAUCUGACUACUUUGGCAACGUCCUGCAAACCCGCAAGUAUUUAGCACAGUCUGAUUUCUUCUGGCUAAGGAAAGCAGUUCCAAAAACAGAAUGGUUCACAAAUCCCACAACUGUCAAUGCCUUCUACAGUGCAUCCACCAAUCAGAUACGAUUUCCAGCAGGAGAGCUCCAGAAGCCUUUCUUUUGGGGAACAGAAUAUCCUCGAUCUCUGAGUUAUGGUGCAAUAGGAGUAAUUGUUGGACAUGAAUUUACACAUGGAUUUGAUAAUAAUGGGAGAAAAUAUGACAAAAAUGGAAACCUGGAUCCUUGGUGGUCUGUUGACUCAGAAGAAAAAUUUAAGGAAAAAACGAAGUGCAUGGUUAACCAGUAUAGCAGCUACUAUUGGAAGAAAGCUGGCUUGAAUGUGAAGGGGAAGAGGACACUGGGAGAAAAUAUUGCUGAUAAUGGAGGUCUGCGGGAAGCUUUUAGGGCUUACCGGAAAUGGGUAAAUGACCAAAGACAGGGUGUGGAGGAGCCUCUCCUCCCAGGUGUCAUGUUCACCAACAACCAGCUUUUCUUCCUGAGUUAUGCUCAUGUGAGAUGCAAUUCCUACAGACCAGAAGCUGCUCGAGAGCAAGUCCAGAUUGGUGCUCACAGCCCCCCUCAAUUUAGAGUCAAUGGGGCAGUUAGCAACUUUGAAGAGUUCCGGAAAGCUUUUAACUGUCCUCUCAAUUCCACGAUGAACAGAGGCGUGGACUCCUGCCGACUGUGGUAG